UAUUACGUUUAUCAAAAUAUCAAAUAUAAUUCCAAGUAAAUAAAUGGAAAUGCUACAGCGUUUGCCGGCCCACGUCUCCAAACUUCUCUUUGCCUAAAUCUUAAACAAAACCGGUGUCGUUUUGAAGCUUUUGGGUGUGAUCAAAUCGCAACAUCAUUUUCUUUCUCAAUUUUUCCUUUUUUUUAAUCCGAAGAAACAAGUAAUGGCUGAAUCGAGCGAAGAACCGCAGCAACAACAGACAGUGGUGAAAGAGUGCAUGCACAAAACCAAGACUAUACAGUUCUUUGGUCGAACCACGCCGAUUAUUCUCCAAAACGAUAAUGGACCUUGCCCUCUCCUCGCCAUCUGUAACGUUCUUCUUUUAAAGAAUGAUCUGAAACUAAGUCCAGAUACAGGCGAAGUAUCACAGGAGAAAUUGCUUGCGCUGGUGGCUAACCGGCUGCUUGAAUCUAACAGUAAUGUCAAUAUGCAGACUAAAGAUGCAGGGUAUGUUGAAAAUCAACAGCAGAAUAUUUCAGAUGCUAUUGAUUUACUUCCACGCCUUGCAACUGGGAUUGAUGUAAAUAUAAAGUUUAGGAGGAUAGAUGAUUUUGAAUUCACACGGGAGUGUGCCAUAUUUGAUCUACUUGACAUUCCCCUAUAUCAUGGUUGGAUAGUUGAUCCCCAGGAUUAUGAUACAACUAAUGCAAUCGGGUCCAAGUCCUACAAUUCUCUGAUGGGGGAGCUUGUAGCACUGGAAACCAUGGUGGGUGAAAGUAAAAAUAAUUUUGAAGAAGAUUGUAUUGAUUUUGCUGCUGCAACAACUGCAACUCUGGGUGUUCCUUCUCCAUGCCUUUCAAAAACCAAAUCUUUCGAUGAUUCUCCACGUUCUGCCCUUGAUCAGCCGACAGUAAGAAAAGGGGAUCUUGAAGAACAAGAAGAGCUAUGGAGAGUCUUGAAGUUGUCAGAAACUGAAAAGCCAAGUUCAUUGGGUGAUUCUCAUGCACCAAUUGUUAGUGGAGUGACUAUGUCUGUUAAUUCAGGGGAAAGUACAUCAGAUAUUGUACAUACAUUAGAGGGGCACAUUGGUGUGAAAAAUCAAAGUUUACAUCAGCCGGAAGCUUCCAUAUCAGAUAAUAUCACUGCCUUGAGCAAUGACGGUAAUAAUAACCUUUCAUCUUCUGGGAGUAUUUUAGGUGGUGAAGUAUUUUCAGCCUUCAAGAAUGAUGGGGGUGUUAAACUUGAGCAGUCAUCUGAAAUAAAGUCCGUAGAUCAUAUCCUCUGUAAUGAUUUGGUUGAGAAGAGUAUUGUUGAAACAUUAUUCUAUGUUGAAGAAGCAGAUUUGCAUUCGGGUGGAAAAGAUGCUGCAUCUAUGGGGCAGACACAUGGAGAUGUUUCUCACCGGAAUGCAAAAGUUGAUAGUCUAUCCGCUCCUACAACUGAUGUCCAUGAACCCGCUGAUAAUCUUAGUGGGUGUAGCAUGGCAGAAGUAUCAUGCCAGUCUGUUCCUAAUGCUGACUCAGAUUCAUCUAGUGGCAGAAUACAGCAUGUGGAUUUUCCUGAAACGUUUACUUCAAGUGUUGCUGAUAGUGAACCCAUAUAUGAAGGAGAGGAAUGCAUAUUAGAUUCAGGAACUGCCUCAUAUGGAAACCGGGAGCCUGUGUAUGAAGGCGAGGUGAUUCUUGCAGAGGAAGCAGACAAAAGCGCAUUAGAUGCUGGAAGGUCUAAGGAUGUAAUUACUCCGCAACAAGGGGAACUUAUCAAGAACUUUUUGAAGAACAGUGCCAGUCAAUUGACCAUUUAUGGCCUCUUUUGCUUACAAGAUGGUCUUAAAGAAAGAGAACUUUGUGUUUUCUUCCGUAACAAUCACUUCAGCACCAUGUUUAAGUAUGAUCGUGAGCUAUAUCUUUUAGCAACAGACCAGGGUUACAUCAAUCAGCCUGAUUUGGUGUGGGAGAAACUAAAUGAGGUCAAUGGAGAUACACUGUUUAUGACCAGUAAUUUCAAGGAAUUUAAAGUGGAAAGUCAGGCAAAUGAUCCAUGGGAUGAGCAUGGUGCUGUGGCUAGUACCACUGACUAUCUUGCCAGCAUUGAUACUGCAGCACAAGCAGGAUUGGAUAUGAAUUCGGAUCUACAACUGGCAAUAGCUCUGCAACAGCAGGAGUUUGAGCAACAGCCACAACGAUCUAAUUCACGACCACAACCUACUAGUGGCAGUUCAAGACUGAUAACAGGUCCCCAGGUUCCGAGAACCGGUGGCAGAAAUUCCUUGCCUUCAUCUUCAAGGGCUGAGGCAAAAUCGAAAGACAGGUGUUGCAUAAUGUGAAUUUGUGAUUCAGGCAGGUUGGAUGCUUUUAGUGUAAAUGAUUUGUUUUCCUGUUGUAUGUGCUGAUUGCCGAAUAAACUCCCAUUUACUGUUAAUGUGACUUUAGGUCAGGUUUUUCAGUGUAUAAAAAAUUACUUAGUACCUGAUUUCUAGGCCCUUUAAUCUAAUGCUUCUCUUUGCAUCUA